AUGGCAGCUGCCAACUCACAAGUACCGCCUAAUGCCAUGUCCAAGAUAGAAGGGGACACUUACCCGGUUCUCCGCACCGAGAAGGAGUCGGCACGCCUCUUCAGCCAGCUGGGCCUAAUCUCCCACGCCCUGGGAGGCCUCGUCCAAGCCCCGGUUGACCUUUCCCAACCCAACCUCCGCAUCCUCGACGUCGGCGCCGGGACUGGCCGCUGGCUUUCCAUGGUGCAGGAGUCGAUGACCCCGUCGGCGCGGGCCACCGCCACGCUGCAGGGGACCGACAUCGCGCCGUAUCCAGACUGCGCGCCGGGCAUCUCGAUCGAGCUGCACAGCUUCAAAAACCCGUUCCCGGAAGAGUGGGAGGCCUCGUUCGACCUGGUGCACAUGGGCUCCUGCCUAAUGAUGAGCCCUGGAGACGAGGCGCCGCGGCUGGUGGCCAGGUUGGCCCGCCUGGUCAAGCCCGGCGGUUGGCUGCAGCUCUCGGACGCAGCCAUGAGCAUAGACCCGGUGGGCGAGGCCGACAUGCCUCACGAGCGGCUGUACAAGACCAUGGGGAAGUGCGUGCGGGACAUGGGCAUGGACCCGACGCAGGGCGGCCGCUUGACGGAGCUGCUGGGCGCUGCCGGCGCGGAUCUGGCAGAAGUGGCCAGCAAGGCGGCCCCGAUCAAGAUUGGAAAGACUGCCAGCGAGGAGAUGGAGUCUCAAACCUAUCAGUAUAUCGAUAUGAUGUUUGGCAACCUGUUGCACGCCGCGCAGGUGCUUAAUCUUGAGGGGAUUCCAGAGCUGAAGGAGGAAGUUUUGGACGAGGCUAGGACAAAGGGUUUUGAUUUUAUGUUUUAUGCAGCAUGGGGCAGACGGAAUUGA